AUGCAGAGCACUGACCUCCACGCCUUCUCACCCAUUCAUGCAGUCGCGCUGAGACCCAAGCAGAAUUCCGAGGUCGCAUUCGGAGCGGUCUCCGCUUCCAAAUCCGGAUUGACAACGCAAGAGGUCCGGGACAAGUCGCUGGCCGGUGUAAAGGACCGACAAGCCAACAGGGAGACGGGUGGGCGGAUGAAGGGGAAGGUGGGGAUCAUCACGGGUGUCGGACCCGUUGCUGGUAUCGGAACGGCGGCUGCGAGGAUCUACGCUCGGGAGGGCGCGUCGCACCUUUACCUGCUCGACUUCCAGGGAGAACAACUUCCGCAGCUUGCAGCUGAACUGCAGCAGCACUACCCCACGCUCAAGGUUACCUGGACUCAGGGGGAUGCGGCCUCCGACGAGCACAUUCAGAAGAUCAUCAAGCAGGCGAUGGAAGAGGAAGGUCGUCUUGACUUCUUCUUUGCCAACGCGGGAAUCUCGAUACCCAAGCCGAAGCUCAAGGAGGGGGACGACCCCGCUAUUGCCGGUCUGAAGGGUAUGGCAAAGGGGAUGAGCGGUACCGAUGCCGAGGACGUCUUCCUCGCUGUGAAAUACGCUUCCGCUGCCUUGGCUCGGGUCAACCCCGCCAAGGGGAAGACCAUUCCGGGAGGCUCCCUUGUUCUCACUGCUUCUGUCGCCGGCAAGCUCGCCAACGCCGGCCCUAUCCCCUACUCCGCCUCCAAGGCAGCCGUCAUCUCGAUGGCCCAAACCGCCGCAUACGAGCUCACCGGACAAAACAUCCGCGUCAAUGCCAUCUGCCCAGGUCUCAUCCAGACCGACAUGACCAAGCUCGCCUUCGACUACGCCCGCGCCACUGGCAAAGAGCACCGCAUGGGCACGCUCAACCCUUUGCUGCGACAGGGACUGCCGCAUGAGGUGGCGGAGCUGGCGGUCUGGCUGAGCAGUGACGAGUCGAGCUAUGUCAAUGGGCAGGCGCUGUCGGUGGAUGGAGGGCUGACGGGGAGUAUGCCAUACAUCCGGGCGAAGAUGUAG